AUGACAACGAUGUUCAUCCAACUGCGCCGCGUGGUGUACCUGUUGGUACUUCUGCAGUGCUGCGUGUGUGUGUCAUAUGCGGAUCCCUCGGGGAGGGUGGCGGCGGAUGGUUUGAAACGUGACGAAGAAGUACUGGACGAACACCAAGAUGUUUUGGCGGCGGAGAAUAAGGCAAGGGCAUGGAUAAAUACGGUGGACGAACACCUUGCCGAGGGAAGAGGUUAUUCAGCAGUAUGGGAGGAGGUUGUGAACUCGACGAACGCAAGUUCCCAACUUGCCAACUCCACCGCCAUGGCGGUUAAAGAACUUGUGGAGGAACUUGAUAAGAAAGCGGUGGUGAAGGGGGGCACAAAAUACAAAAUGGUGGAUGGAGAUGAAAACAAAAUCAAAGAAUUGGUGCAGAAGAUCAAAGAAGCAGUUACGAACACAGAAUCACGUGUGUACGAAGUAUGGGGUGCAAGGUGGCAUGGCUUGCCCUCACUUGGUACACUGGAAGAUGCAGUUAGGGACUUCAACGAAACCCGAGAGUAUUAUUUGAGAAAACUAGCAGAAGCAAAUGUAACGUACUGGACACCGGAUAAGAUAAAGAUCGCCAAAGACAGUAACAAAACGUACCAUGAAUUAUUUGCUAUCACGGAAAAAUAUGUUAAGUUGAAUGGAUUGAGUAUUGUUACCGAGUCAGAGGUUCGGGGACGUAUAAAGGAGGUGCAGAACACGAUGGAGGGUGUAAAAAAUAAACUCACGGAGAUUAAAACAAACAAGGUGGAGGGUGAUGCAGGGAAGAUCGACGGGAUUCUGAGUGCGAUCAAAGAGAUCGAUACCCCAUGCAAGAAUGUUUUGAAGGCAGUGGAUGCGAGGCCCAUUGGUACGGCUAAACCGAAAAAGGGUGUGACCAUUGGUGUGAGAAUGAAGGCGGAAAAAAAGAGAAUAAAAGAACUCAUACCAGUGGAGAGGAAGGCAGAGGCAGAUCGGUUGGCUAAAGAAGAACAGGCGAGAAAGGAUGAGGCGGCGAGACAAGAAAGAGAGAGGCAAGAGAAACUGAAAGAAGAACAGAGACUGGCCAGGGAACGGGAGAGAAUGGCUCAAGAAGAAAUGGAAAGGAAGAAAAAGGCAGCAGCCGAAGAGGCGGAGAAGAGAAAAGCUGAUGAAAAAAGAGCCGAAGAAGAAAAGGCUAAACAAGAUCAGGAGAGGAAGGAAGCAGAAGAAAAGGCUCAAGGGGCUAGAGAAGCACUGAAGAAAAAGGAAAAAGAACAGCUGGAACGGGCAGCGGAAGAGGCGAAAAAAAAAGCAGAAGCGACUAAGAGGAAUGACAACAGCUACAGUCCCGCAUUAGCGCACAGUCCCUUACUGCUGCUUCUGCUGUGUGUGUUGGGCUACACUCUCGUGUGCUGA